AUGGCCCACCAGGACCAUGUCAGCGCCCUCCUCGUGCACCGGGGCCACACCGGGGCCGUGCACUGCCCGACACUGUCGCGUGGUCCCCACCUGGAAGCAGGGACCGUCUGCUCACGAGACAGCACCCUGAGCCGCAUUCAAUCCUGCGAGACUCCUCGGCCGUCCGAUCCCAAUCAGAUGGCCGGCGACGGCGACCGGUUUUCAAACGCGUUGCAUUCGAGUGGCAGUGCCGUUAAUGCGACCAAGCCUGAAGGAUGCCCCCGAACUCCGCCCUGGUAUGGCGGGCAAGUUUCCCGGGUAUUUGGGAAGGGUAGGUGUUCGUUUAUGGAAGGCAAUGCGAGUCAAAUAUCGCGUCGGAGAUCUGCUUGCAUAUGGAAUGGGGAAAUUUCCGUAGAAAUUGACUCCGUUUUGUCCCACUCGUGGUCGUGGAGGCCGAUUUCGAGGCGGAGAGCGCGGCGAGAUCUGUGCGAAGAUUCGAACGAUUUUUCAAUGAUUUGGGGAUUCCUACGGCGUGCUGGGAACCGUGUAGGCUGGGAGGACGAGGCGGCACUGUGCAAUCUGACCGGUUUGGCGCAACGGGGAGGCGGGGUCACCUCGUCGUCUCAUCCCAGACAGCGAGAGCGAGCUGGAGCUGGGCUCUCUCCCCUUCCCGGUGUCCCUAUUCCGGCUACAGUGGCGGCGAGGACAUUCACAGGCGGCAGUGGCGCCCGCUCUGCGGCCAGCCAUAAAGUGGGCGAUCUUUCUCUCAAUCCGCAGCAGCUUGGUCGUCGAGAAUCCGGGACCCAGUUGAGGGGGAAAGGCCGUCUCCUUUUUACUGCCUUGCCGCCAUCUUUACUGGCAUUAUUACUCCUACUUGUUUGCUUCUUGGGUUUGGCCAGCACUUCCGUGGUUCAGCUGUUUAGAGGGAGCUUCUUGAUUUGUAGGCAUCGCCGGAGAGGAGGCAGGAAAUUCUGGGGCUUUCCUCUAUUUGCGGGAGAUUGCGCAAGUGGCCAUAAGACCAUGUUUGAUCAGAAGUCAGAUGUCUCAGAGCUGUGUUCGCAAAUGAUGCUCAAACUUCAUGAUGUUUAUGAUGCAAGCAAGAUAAAUGUUAAGGUUAAGGUUGUUUCUGGAUCUCCUCCUGGUGUCGUAGCUGCUGAAUCUAAGCGAGCACAAGCAAGCUGGGUUGUGUAUCUUGUGUUUUCUCUUUGCUUAGCUGCCCAUGCUGCUGCUCUUAGGGAGUUGAAGCAUGAAGAGAAGCGUUGCAUGGAAGAGUUACAGUGCAACAUUGUUGUCAUGAAGCGUUCUCAGCCUAAAGUUCUCCGUCUGAAUCUUAUGGGAUCUCCUGAUAAAGAGUCCAAAGGAUCCUGUUCACUUCCAGCAGUGUUGGAUAGUUCUGUUGGUAAAACAGCAACUGAUGUAAAGGAGCCGCGAAGUUCAGUUCGAGGACCAGCUGUAACACCUAAUAGCAGCCCAGACUUAGAGACGCCUUUUGGAAGUACCGAAGCGGGAACAUCCUCAGUCUCAAGUUCAGAUCCAGGGACUUCCCCAUUUUGUGCUUCUGAAACAACUGUUUCUCUAAAGAAAGAGGUACAAGCAACAAAGGAUAAGAUCCAGCAUUCGGAUGUCAAUAUUUCUGAUACCGACAGUGAAAUAUUGAGUCCCUCAGCAACCUUCUCGCUUCAGCCAUGGAUGGUCGACAUUCUACAGGGAUCUGCAUCCUCAAAACCACCACGAAAAACUCGCACCCCAACUGCAGAUACUUUGCUUGAGAAGAUCUCCAAGUUAGAUCUUUUGCAUGAAAUAAGUUCUAUGAGAAGCAGAUCAGACUUAAACUUUAGAGGAAAUGUCAGGGACGCUGUCUCGUUAGCAAGGAGCGCACCUCCUGGGCCGCCUCCAUUGUGUUCGAUAUGUCAGCACAAGGCUCCUGUGUUUGGGAAACCUCCUCGGUGGUUUAGUUACGCUGAACUUGAACUUGCAACCGGUGGUUUCUCCCAGGCAAAUUUCCUGGCUGAAGGUGGAUUUGGAUCUGUUCAUCGAGGCGUCCUUCCUGAUGGUCAGGCAAUUGCUGUCAAGCAACAUAAGCUUGCUAGUUCCCAGGGUGAUGUUGAAUUUUGCUCAGAGGUGGAAGUUCUGAGUUGUGCACAACACCGUAAUGUUGUAAUGCUCAUUGGUUUUUGUGUUGAGGAAAGGAGGCGUUUAUUGGUUUAUGAGUACAUCUGCAAUGGAUCCUUGGACUCACAUCUUUAUGGUCGCAAUAAUAAAGACACACUGGAAUGGGCAGCUAGACAAAAGAUUGCUGUUGGCGCUGCUCGAGGGUUGCGGUAUCUACAUGAGGAAUGCAGAGUUGGCUGCAUUAUCCAUCGGGACAUGAGACCAAACAACAUCCUUGUCACACAUGAUUUUGAACCUCUGGUUGGAGAUUUUGGUCUAGCACGAUGGCAACCCGAUGGAGACAUGGGUGUUGAAACAAGAGUCAUCGGCACAUUUGGUUAUCUGGCACCAGAGUAUGCGCAGAGUGGACAAAUAACAGAGAAGGCUGAUGUAUACAGUUUUGGUGUCGUGUUGGUAGAACUUGUCACUGGGCGCAAGGCUGUUGACAUUAACCGACCUAAGGGCCAGCAGUUUUUAACUGAAUGGGCACGCCAUCUCUUGGAGGAUAAUGCAGUCGACGAGCUCAUAGACCCAUGCUUGGGGGACCGAUACAGCGAAAAUGAGGUUCUUCGCUUGCUCGAGGGCGACAUGGUUGUCGAUUCCGUCUCCGUUUCGGCCCCAAGUAGUGAUUCUGCAAGCAGGAGCUGGCGAAAGGCAAAUGAGCAACAGCAUUAUCAGGACUACAGCAGCCCAGCCCGGCAAGAUUCACAGCGAGUGGUUGGAAGGAAACAACAAUCUUAUGACGCUUUGAGGGCUGCCUGGGACCGAGACAAGAAGAGCAUCUCUAACCGAUAUUAA